CAAGCGCGCACGCGCAGCUGCCGGGCCGACAUGGCGGCCUCUAUGUUGUUGCUUCGCGCCUUGCUUCGGGGCACCGGGCCUGGGCGGCUACGGGGCCAGUGCUUCCGCUGGAGCCCAAGCCUCUCUGCCGAGGCAUGCAGAAGGUGGCUGUCCUUAGUCCACACACCUUCCAAAGGUCCCGCUGGGGCUGGAGGCCGAGCCCUACAGAGUUUGCAGUUGCGACUGCUAACCCCUACCUUUGAAGGCCUCAGCGGACUUUUGUUGAAACAACAUCUAGUCCAGAAUCCAGUCAGACUGUGGAAACUUCUAGGCGGUACUUACUAUUUUAAAACCUCGCAGACGCAGCAGAAAACUAAGGGUAAUGAUCAGUCUAAAGGGAGGCCUCCUGAAGAUGAUGAAGAGGGACGGCGGCGCAAGGAGAGGGAAGACCAGAUGUACCGUGAGCGACUACGCACCCUCAUUGUCAUUGCCAUGGUCAUGAGCCUGCUCAACGCACUUAGUACCAGUGGUGGCAACAUUUCCUGGAAUGACUUCGUCCAUGAGAUGUUGGCCAAGGGGGAGGUGCAGCGGGUCCAGGUGGUGCCCGAGAGCGAAGUGGUGGAAGUCUACCUGCAUCCUGGAGCCGUGGUGUUUGGUCGACCUAGACUGGCCUUGAUGUACCGGAUGCAGGUGGCAAAUAUCGACAAAUUUGAGGAGAAACUGCGGGCAGCUGAAGAUGAGCUGAAUAUUGCUGGUCCAGACAGGAUCCCAGUUUUAUAUAAGCGCACAGGCUUCUUUGGAAAUGCCCUCUACGCCCUGGGGAUGACUGCAGUAGGCCUGGCCAUCCUGUGGUACGUGUUCCGUCUGGCUGGCAUGACAGGAAGGGAAGGAGCAUUUGGUGCUUUUAAUCAACUUAAAAUGGCUCGUUUCACGAUUGUGGAUGGCAAGACAGGGAAAGGAGUCAGCUUCAAAGAUGUGGCAGGAAUGCAUGAAGCCAAGCUGGAAGUCAAAGAGUUUGUGGACUAUCUAAAGAGCCCAGAGCGCUUUCUCCAACUUGGUGCCAAGGUCCCAAAGGGGGCACUGCUGCUUGGCCCUCCUGGCUGUGGGAAGACACUGCUAGCCAAGGCUGUGGCUACAGAGGCUCAAGUGCCCUUCCUGGCAAUGGCUGGCCCAGAGUUUGUGGAAGUCAUUGGAGGCCUUGGUGCUGCCCGUGUGAGGAGUCUUUUUAAGGAAGCCCGUGCCCGGGCACCCUGCAUUGUGUACAUCGAUGAGAUCGAUGCUGUGGGCAAGAAGCGCUCCACCACCAUGUCCGGCUUCUCCAACACGGAGGAAGAGCAGACACUUAACCAACUCCUGGUGGAAAUGGAUGGAAUGGGCACCACUGAUCAUGUCAUUGUCCUGGCCUCCACCAACAGAGCCGACAUUUUGGACAAUGCUUUGCUGAGACCAGGCCGUCUGGACCGGCAUGUAUUCAUCGACCUCCCCACACUGCAGGAAAGACGGGAAAUUUUCGAGCAACACCUGAAGAGCCUAAAGCUGACUCGUGCCAGCAGCUUCUACUCCCAGCACCUGGCAGAACUCACUCCAGGCUUCAGUGGUGCCGACAUUGCUAAUAUCUGUAAUGAGGCCGCCCUGCAUGCUGCACGGGAGGGACACAUGUCUGUCCACACGUCAAACUUUGAAUAUGCUGUGGAGCGUGUCAUUGCUGGGACCGCCAAGAAGAGCCAGAUCCUCUCAAAGGAAGAGCAGAAAGUGGUUGCAUUCCAUGAGUCAGGCCAUGCACUGGUUGGCUGGCUGCUGGAACACACAGAGGCUGUGAUGAAGGUCUCCAUUGCACCGCGCACCAAUGCUGCACUUGGCUUCUCCCAGAUGCUGCCGAAAGAGCAGUACCUCUUCACCAGAGAACAGCUGUUUGAGCGGAUGUGCAUGGCCCUGGGUGGCCGUGCCUCAGAGGCCAUCUCCUUCAACAGGGUCACUUCCGGAGCACAGGAUGACCUGAGAAAGGUCACACGCAUAGCCUAUUCCAUGGUGAGACAGUUUGGAAUGGUGUCAAGUGUGGGGCCCAUCUCAUUCCCCGAUGCCCAGGAGGGCAGCCCAGGCAUUGGGCGGCGCCCCUUCAGCCAGGGUCUGCAGCAGAUGAUGGACCAUGAGGCAAGACUGCUGGUGGCCCAGGCCUACAGACACACAGAGAAGGUACUGCAGGAUAACCUGGACAAGCUGCAAGCAUUGGCAAAUGCCCUCCUGGAGAAGGAAGUGAUAAACUACGAUGACAUUGAGGCCCUCAUUGGGCCACCGCCACAUGGGCCCAAGAAGAUGAUCAAACCUCAGAGGUGGAUAGACGCAGAGAGGGAGAAGCAGGAAGCUGGAGAGGAGGAGACGCCUCCACCACCCCCUCUUCGGGUAUAGAGACAUCUUGACCCAAAUAGGUGGACUUCCAUGAUGGUGCCCAUGGGAUGCAGCCCAGUUCCUUUUCACAGACUCAAACCUCCUUCAGCCCUUAAUGGCCUUUGCUGAAGGCCUUCUGAAAUCCAUGUCCCUUCCCCUCCAUGAUCAGUGAAUUUCUUGGUUUUGUUGGACUGCAUGGGGAAAACUAACCAGCUUGUUACAAGUGCACAUGAUGGCACACACAGCCAAAGUCCCUGUUUCCACGGGGUGUUACGGAUCCAGGGGCUGCACUAUAGUCAGAACCCAAACAGCCUGUGACUCUUUCAGAAUGUGUGAUGAAAAGAGACAGAGCAGAGUCUCCUAAUGCUCGCUCCAAUGGGCUUUCAGUUGGAUACAGGCAUAGUCACACACCUCCUACUGCAGCAUGGCCAGUGUGCACCAACCACCCUUCUGUACUAGUUUUGUUAUGCUGUGGGCGAUACCUUGUUUAUUUUUGCUCUGAGAACUGUUGUGAUACUUCUUAAUAAACUCUAGAUGGAGAAACUA